AUGUCUUCCCAUAACCACAAAUUAUCCGCAAUUGCAGAGAGUUCCAGCUCUAGUACUUCUGGUGAACCUGGAAAAACCAAAAAGAUGGGCAUCCGCUGGGCACCACUAAACAUUGGUCUGGAACGUCGCCUUCAAACAUUUGUGGUAUUGUGUCAUACUUUGACUAUCGCCAUUUUUCUUACCAGCUUCUUCUUCGCGUGUGCUAUACCAUUAUCCUGGCCUAUUCUCUUACCCUAUCUAAUUUAUAUAUCGCUCUUCUCAACGGCUGCCACGUCUGGGACCUUGAGUGGCCGGAGCGAUUACUUGCGAUCUUCACGAAUCUGGUCAAUUUAUGCGUCUUAUUUCCCGGCCCGUUUGCAUCGAUCUGAACGUCUUUUGCCAACGCGGAAAUAUAUAUUUGGGUAUCACCCUCAUGGAAUCAUAUCACACGGCGCUUUCGCGGCCUUUGCGACGGAGGCGCUCGGUUUCUCUAAACUCUUUCCGGGAAUUACGAAUACCUUGCUUACCCUCGACUCUAAUUUUCGGAUCCCUUUUUAUCGGGAGUAUGCUCUUGCUAUGGGUGUUGCUAGCGUCUCGCGUGAGUCAUGCGAGAAUCUUCUUACUAAAGGUGGCGUCGAUGGCGAAGGCAUGGGGCGUGCUAUCACUAUUGUCAUUGGUGGCGCCCGCGAAUCCCUCGAUGCAUUACCACACACGCUUCGUCUUGUACUUAAGAGACGGAAAGGUUUUAUUAAGCUUGCCAUUCGUACUGGUGCCGAUCUUGUUCCAGUGCUAGCAUUCGGCGAAAAUGAUCUGUAUGAACAAGUGCGUUCGGACCAACACCCCCUGAUACACAGAUUUCAAAUGCUCAUAAAGCAUACUAUGGGUUUCACAAUCCCCCUGUUUCAUGCUCGUGGGGUCUUUAAUUAUGAUGUGGGUUUAAUGCCCUACCGUCGCCCAUUGAACAUUGUUGUUGGCUGUCCCAUUGAAGUUGUUCAGCAGCAAAAUAGGAAUAAGAUCGAUGACGAUUAUAUCGAUUAUCUGCAUGCCAAGUAUGUGCAGGAGCUUGCAAGAUUAUGGGAGCAAUGGAAAGAUGUUUAUGCCAGGGACAGGACUUCUGAACUCGAGAUCGUUGCGUGA